AUGGGAGAAUUGGAGGAGUCAAAAAGAGUUAAACCAGAAGAAUUUCCAGCUACAAAAGAAGCCCCUAUUGAAAUUAAAGCUCCAAAUCAUGUAUCAUUUCGGAAGACAGUUGUUACAAUUCCAGAUGAGAAAAUCACUCCCCCUAAGCCCCUUCCAGUUGCUCAAAAGGCUGCAGAUCAUGGGAUUGAAAAGAGUGGGGGAGAUGUCAAGGAUAGAGAUGCUGCUCUUGCACGAGUUGAAUUGGAGAAAAGACUGGCUCUGAUCAAAGCAUGGGAAGACAGUGAAAAAACCAAAGCAGACAAUAAGGCCUAUAAAAAGACGUCUGCUGUAGAAUCUUGGGAAAAUGCUAAGAGAGCAUCUGUUGAGGCACAAAUAAAGCAAAUUGAGGAAGAAUUUGAAAAGAAGAAAGCAGAAUACCGCGAAAAGAUGAAGAACAAAAUUGCUGAAAUUCACAAAGCAGCUGAAGAAAAAAGGGCAAUGAUUGAAGCCAAAAAAAAGGAAGAUUUUCUCAAGGUGGAAGAGACAGCUGCAAAGUUUCGUUCAACUAACACCACACCAAAUAAGUUGCUAAUUGGAUGCUUUAAUUAA